CAGGAGUCCAGGUGACACAGAGGAACUUGUUGCCUUUCCCCUCCAUGGAGUGUGGGUCACAUAUCAGUCUGGAAAGAAUGAACAAUGAAAUAAUCAGCAACACACGCCACCACAACAACCUCUCUACCAGAGAAAAGGCCAUAGAAUCUCUAAGAUCUAACCACCAAAUAGUAAUAAAACCAGCAGAUAAAGGAGGAGCCGUAGUCAUCCUAAACCGUGAGGAUUACAUAAAGGAAGCCAACAGACAGCUCUCUGACACCACCUACUACAAAAAAGUACAAGAAGAUCCUACUCCCCUUUUCACCAAAAAACUCAACAAUACCAUCAAAUCAUUUCCAUCAAGACUACAAGGAAAAACUGCAGACCUUGAUCUCCCCACUACCUAACCCAGGGACUUUUUACAUGCUCCCUAAAAUCCACAAACAAGGGAACCCUGGCAGACCUAUCAUAUCCAACCAUGGGACCCUAACUGAGGAAAUAUCAAGUUUCGUUGAAUCAAUCCUAAAACCGCUUGUCGCCCACAGAGCAAGUUUUGUACAAGAUACUACAGACUUGCUACGGAAACUUAAAAACAUAGACCACCUUCCCAGCAACACACUCCUAGCCACCAUGGAUGUUACCAGCCUAUAUACCAACAUCCCACACCAGGAUGGCAUCCAAGCCUGCCUUGCAUAUCUACAGGAACAAGAUUACAACUCAGAAUACAGACCCAAAGAUAUUACUGACCUUAUACACUUCAUCCUCACACACAACAAUUUCACUUUUAAUAUUCAACACUUCCUCCAGAUGAUGGGAACAGCUAUGGGCACUAAAAUGGCCCCACAGUAUGCCAACCUUUUUAUGAGCCACCUGAAAGAAGACUUCCUCAAGAACUGCACCAUCAAACCCUUGCUAUACUUAAGAUACAUUGAUGACAUCUUCAUCAUUUGGACUGAAAACCUGCAAUCUCUGAUUGAGUUCCAUCAGAAAUUCAACAAUCACCAUCCCUCCAUCCGACUUUCUUUAGAAUACUUCAGCACCAACAUCUCCUUUUUAGACACAAUGAUCAGGAUCCAGAAGGGUAAAAUACAGACCACAGUAUACAAGAAACCCACAGACCAACAUACAUAUCUGCACAGAACCAGCAAUCACCCUAAACACACCAAAAAAGCUAUAAUAUACAUUCAAGCCCUCAGAUACCACCGCAUUUGUACCAAAGAGAACACCCGGGAUUGCCACCUCACCAAUCUUAAAAAGGCUUUCACCCAGCAAGGACACUCCUGCAGAGAGGUAGAUCGCAUGUUUGAAAGAGCCACCUGGAUACCAUGUGAAGAACUGCUGCAGUACAGAAGAAAAACACCCACAAAUCGCACGCAGCUGGUUAUGAUGUAUCACCCCUCCCUUGAACCUGUAUGGAAAAUCCUCAAAAAAUUGCAACCCAUACUAGACAGAAACCCUAUUCUUAAAAAGAUCUUCCCAGAGCCACCCAUCCUAGCCUUCAGACAAGCACCGAACCUCGCCAACUUCAUCACCAGAAGCGAACUUCCUCAACCCCAGAACACACCAAAAGGAUCCAGACCGUGCCAGGACAAGAAAGGCAAAUCCUGCCAAAACAUCUCCACCACCCCCACAAUUACUACACCCCACAACAGAGCCAUCAGCAUCCCAGGAUCUUACAGCUGCACCUCCAGAAAUAUAAUAUACCUCAUCCAAUGCACCAAAUGCCCUGAUGGAAGAUAUGUAGGAGAGACCAAACGACAACUGUGCACCAGAAUGAACGCACACCGGAAAUCCAUCAAAGACAGAAACCCUCAAUUACCAGUGGGGGCACAUUUCUCACAGGAGGGCCACUCUCUCUCCAAUCUCUCAGUCCUGAUCCUCAAGGGAAACUUACACAAUGCUUCCCAGAGACGAGCCUAUGAACUCCAUUUCAUCAACCUCCUGGAUACUAGAGAUCAUGGACUAAACAUAGGCAUUGGAUUUUUGAUACAUUAUCUGCCUGGCAACUGACUCCCCAGCCCAGCCCCUGGCUUGUUUACUUUUCAUUCCAUCCAGGAAGAGCACACACCAACUGCUGAAACUUCCUUAGCCUGACAAAGGGUUUUUGAACCCAAAAGCUUGCUUAAUAACUAUUCUCCAUCUAUUCAGGUUGGUCUAAUAAAAGAUAUCAAAUUCACCCAA